CACCAGGAUGAGACGGUCGGUCGCCGCCACUCCUCCCGCCAGGGCCGCCGAAUGCCCCCUCCCUGCUUCCCCGUUCCCGAUCUCCACCCGCUGUCCCCACACGGUGAUCCCGUAGCCGGUGAUGCGAAGAGCAUGUCUUCCUGGAAACCGAUGCCUUGGCCGAUACCCCCUAGGCCUCAUCGUGGUCGGUGCCCUCGUCCUGGGCGAACUGAUCGGCCUGCUGGUGGUCAACCGGCUCGACCCUUCCCCAUCGACCCGCAGCGGAUCCUCCCCUCCGUCGUCCCCGCAGCAACGACGCGCUGGCUCCGCCGCCCACGAAGACGACGAGGUGACUCCUGCAGGCGGCGCACGCGGCGUUCACAUCCUGGACCUGCUCGCGCGGCGGACCCCCUUCAAGUUCGACGAAGACGCGACCGAGCUCGACGCUAGCAGAAAGUACAAAGUCGCGCGCUCCUUCCUCUCCCCCGACGCGGAGUUCGGCUCGCCGGACGCCGGCGAGGUGUGCCUGGCCACGCAGGGCUCGCUCGACCGGCUGCACACGCUCGUCGAACUGGCCCAGCUGUGGAACGGACCCCUGUCCCUGGCCGUGUUCGUGCCGAACGCAGCGCAGUUCCAGGCGCUGCGCGCCUACCUCGCCCUGCUGCGCUCCUGCUCGGAGCCCGUGCGGGCCAACGUGCGCGUGGACCUCGUCUUCCCGGUCGGCGUGAACGUGACGCGCGCCGUCCCCUGGUCGACCCGCGGUAGCGGAGGCGGCCCCGAAUUCUCGUGCGCCGGCCACGCCUCGCUGCUGCGCGCGCUGCAGGCUUCGGAGGGCGCCCGCGUGGUCCGCGGCAGCGUCAAGCAGAUGCUCUACCCGCAGAACCACCUGCGCAACGUGGCCCGGGACGGCUGCUCGCCGCAGAAACACUUUUUCGUCGUCGACAUCGACGUGAUGCCCAAGCCGGGCCUGUGGGACGAGCUGUCCGACUUCUUGGCCUCGGCCAACAGUGGCCGCCGGCCUCCGUGUGCCAAGUGCGUGUUUGUGGUGCCCACGUACGAAGCGCGCGAGAUGGUGCCCGUGCCGAGGACCAAGCGCGAGUUGCUCGCCAUGGUGCGCCGCAGGGAGGCCCGCCCUUUCCACGAGAAGUCUUUCGUCUUCAACCAGUACGCCACCAACCACGCGGCCUGGGAGGCCCUGCCGCACACCGAGGACGGCCUGCACGCCGCCUACCGGGUGCAGCACUACGAGUUCUUCUACGAGCCAUUCUACGUGGCCGGCAAGGAGGUGCCCCGCUACGACGAGAGGUUCGUCGGUUACGGAUUCACGCGCAACACGCAGGUGUACGAGACGCACGCAGCCGGCUUCGAGUUCUGGGUGCUGGACGAGGCGUUCGCCCUACACCGAGGCAUGCAGAACCACCGGGCCAGGGGCUACUGGCGCGAGCGUCAGAACGCGCUCAACCAGCGGAAGCUGGCGAGCUUUAAGCGAGACGUGAAGAGAAAGUACCAGGUCACCGCCACCAAGACGACACUCCCUCCGGCCACCAAGCCGUUGCUGCUGUGACAAACGUGCAUUGUGGUGCUUCCUUUCAUUUGGAUAGUGACGGCAGCUCGUGCGUGCGACCUUUCGGUGAACAAGCCAGAGUGGAAGGAAUUCUCUUUAGGCAGUUGACUCGGCCGGCGAGCGUGCGUGUGUUGUGGCCGACAAGCAUCGAACGGGGGUUGGAUUAUGGGAAAGGUCGUCUGGCUAAGUGAUGGAACCGCGAGUGUUUGACAUGUUCGCGGGUCGCGUCAAAAAAGAAAGAAAGCAAGAAAGAAAGAAGGAAAGAAAAAAGCCCUUUCCGGAACGCGCUUCCGGGAUACGUGCGUACCCCCUUAUAAGAACACAGGUAACGGGGAACAAGCAAUCCUCGUGAUACAGGGAUCCACGAUCGCCAUUAUAUAUUUGUUUUCAAGAGUGAUGUGUCUUCCGCGAUAGGCAAGGGGAAAGAAUGAUUCGGGGGUUGACGGAUGGGCACCGGCUGCCAGAGACCGGUGGAGGAUUCGCCAUGUUGUUACGGGGACUUUUGAUCGCACCCCACAUUGCUUCCACAUUUCGCAUGAAGCAGUACGAAGCUCUAUUCGUAACAGUUUGACGCUCGAGCUGCAGUAAGCGUUGCCGUGGGUGCCGCAGCGAGCCACCAGGCUCCGUACUAUGGAGGCCAAUGCGCACUACAGGCACGAAAUUCCGAAAUAAGUGCUUCACCGUGGUAGCUAUUUUAAAUACUCGAGACGAAGAUGAAGGAAGGGUGGUGCUUCUAACGCUUUUAGCCAGCCAAUGCGCCGCUUGAUGUUCGUACGAACGAUGCUCGUGUGCCCCGUAAGGCAUCGCACAUUUCAAUCGGAAGGUUUUUUGCAGGGUUUCGUAGCAUUUUGCUUCCGGAUAGACUUGCAUCGUCGCUGUGUGGCCAAUAAGACGUAAAUAAUUGUUGAACCUUCUCUGUCUACGGGUACGUGCUUACGGGAAUAUCGAGCCUGCCUAUAACGAACCAAAAUACUUUGAAUUAUUCUCUAUGCCGAGCAGCAGAAACAUCCGUUUGGAAAUCCGACGUUGAAGUCUGAGUGAUUUGGCCACGCAUGUCGAGCUCCGUUCGCCGGCACCGUCGAUAUAUCGAGUCACUCGCUGCCCGCGACCCCGUAAGGUACGCGUUUCCUCCGCACAGCCGUGCACCACACUGAUGCUGCCCGAACGAUCGACUGCGCCCAUUUUUCUCGCCUGCAUGACGCUUGACUUAGACGCAACCCGACCGUUCACAACGUAAUGUACUGUUUGCAGAUGGCUGCUACCCGUUGGUGAGUGAAACAUUGAUCAGGGUUUAUGAAACAAAACCGAACAAGCUUCAUUCGGCAUCGACAGCCAUCGGGUGCCCUGUCGCAUAUGCCUCGAGCACUGACUGAGAAUGUUAAUCGGCAACUACUUGUUUAAGUAGUUCAUUAGUGAUGAUCAGUUACUUCAACUGCCCCAAGUAAUGCGCUGCCGAAGAAAAACAACCUUAUAUCUUUGUAAAGGGUCGCCCUUCCCAUUUAAUUCAGUACACUGACAGGAUACGCAGGGUCCCGCCGCUCAAAACGCAUUCUGAAUGUUCUGUAUGCAACGUUUGUAGGGAUUGAAAUAAGCUGAGACGGGUGAACGCUUUAACCGCAUGCUACAUCGAAUGCGACAUGUGCGGGCUCAAGGAUAUUUGUAUUCAUGUAAGAAGCAAGCCUCAACUAUACGCAGUUACAACGGCGAACCGAAACGGUCUAGUGGCGAGGACUAUUCUCUGACGUCGCUGCAGCGUCACCACAUUGACUUCGCCGUUGCGCAUCUGUGGAGACUUGCUAGUGAUUUCACGCCAAGGAGCCUCAGUGCGGUGAGCAUGAACUCUUGCAUCUUGUCGUAUUUCUCGUAUUGUUUCGAAACGUAUACGUUUUUCUACGGGCGAUUUUGCAUCGACAAGUGGUAUGCUCUUUUGGCUCAACAAAGUGGCCAUUUCGUGAUCACUCCGGCAGGAUUCGUCAUUAUCGCACUUUAUCGACUAUAGUGCAGCCCAUUGACGAAACAUUUUCUUCGCGCCGGUUUCCGUCCUUGCAUGCAUGAUUCUCGGAGACUGGAAGUUUUUUUUUUCGCAUUUCUAAUUUCUCAUGGAAAAUUUAACACUUCCUCAUUAAAUGUGUUCUUGCAAUUACACCGAGGCUCCUCCCUGCGUCCUGCGUAAUAUCUGCAAGUCGUAUUUUCCUUGAUUGCCGUCAAUGUUCCCUCGCUGUUUGCGCAUCUCGCAUAUCCAUGCGCCACAAAGAGAGUUCAAACAUGUCGUAUGUUACGUGCUGCGCGAGAAAUUGCGAGAGAUAUCGACAACGAAAACCCGAAAACGUUCAUUGAAAAGAAAAGGAAGAGAUGAUGUAUACGGGUGCACAAUUUUUGCGUCGCUUGUAAUACUCUUCGAAUGCAUGUACCAGGUAGCUGCAGAUGGUCCAUGUUUGCUUGUGGGCCCGUUCAUAUUUUUGUUCUUAUCUCCGUUUUGUAAUAAUCGCGGCUUUCUUGUCAGGUACGUGUCUGCACAAGUGUGUGCGGAGGCAUGUUCUGAACAUCUCUAAAAAAACUGAUGUGCCUUGCUGACUACAUAAGUCUGGGAUACGAAGUGUCCCACCGUUUGUAGGCUUGGUAACGAGUGCAGCACAAGUGCGAGAUCAGGAUAAGUAACAGUGAUUAAAGCUACAGCUACAGCGUCGCAGCUUGCCUCUGCUAUUAUCAGUUGUGCUCCUCGCGACGCUUGCAUGCACUGCUCUUGCCAAAUUCAAGAACUGUCCUUUUUUGAAACUCGUACGCGCCCGGAAUGCACGCGGUGCCGAUGACGUCAAUUGUAAUUUGGCGGACAUUAUCGUAUCGUCGCUUAUUCAGAAAGAUAUUGCACCGCUAGAGCUCCAUGAAGUUAACAUGUUGAUCGUUUGCUUACUUUUGGAUGCGAUUUAUUCAACAUGCAUCAAUAAGCAGUCAAUCCACGGGCUGACUGUCAAAAUUCGCGGCUUCAUGGGGAACUGGUGCUGAAUUCAAUUUUGCGCUGGUGUCGCCACCUGUGUUUCGUUUGUACGUCAUUUACGGCUUACCAAGCCUGUGCUCACGCUAUACACACGACAGACUUGCUCGGUAAUGCAGAUCAAUGUAUUCGGCCAUUCUAGCAUAUAGUUCAGUAUUCAUUAAUACGGAAAUGCCCGGCAUUAUACACGGCCGAGAGUUUAGCUGUGGGAUUUGAAAACCGAACGGUAAUUGAUUAAGGUGUCUGUGCAACGUUAAUUUAUUGUAGUGCAAAUGAUUGCGUUUGAUGAGGAUAGCUUCCGAGCACUCCUGCGCAGCGCAUACUGCGCAAUAACUGCCGCCAUAUCAUGAGAUUGCAACCAAGUGCCACGGAUUUGAUUGCUUGCGCCUCUGCCUCCUGUGAAACGGGAACAAAGAAAAAGCAGUACUGCCGUUUGCUACCUAAAUUAAUUGGUGCCUGGUGCUCUGAUGAUUGCCUCAUGUUUUGACGACGUGGACAUGCAGAGGACUGGCCAAGCGUGUCUCGUCUCUCGGCCGUUUUUCUCCAUAAUUUGUAGGAGUGAAGAUGAAGUGUCGAAUGGAGCAGGGGGCUGCUGCUUAUUUAUUGCGCUGUGUACACGCACGUGCUCUCGCAAAUUGUCGCUCUCUGAAACGGUAUACAAAUCGAAACGAAGAGUAAAGAUGACGAAACUAAUACAAAACAAAGGAAACCCACAAACCGGCUACGUAGCUUAUGUAUCGAUUGCUUCAUAGGUGAAAUAAAAUGUUAUUUGUUUA